CUUCUCUUGCUAUUCUUGCAUCCUCCUUUCCUUCUGCACAGCUUUGCAACAGUCGACGUCAUUUCUCUCGCGCUGUUUGACUUGCUUCCUUUUGUUUUAGGCUUCUUAAGGCCUACGAACCACUGUGAAGCAGUCUGCAUUUGUGGGCGUGCUCGUUUUUCGUCAGUCCACUUUGCAGCUGUAGCGCGACACUCCCUCUCCAGCGCCCUUCAGCCUAUGUCGGCUUGUGCUUUGGACCUCGACACAGCUAUGGAAUAGGAUUCUGGCGGUUCAGGAACGUCGCCGUGGAGUUGGCGACAUUUCGCUUGUCGGCAUUUUAACAUCUCGGCGAGCACCACACUCACCAGCUUGGAGCAGGCGGCGUAUCAACCUUUGUGGUUGGUCCUUUGCAUCUGCGCGUGCAGCAGGGUGCUUUGGGUGUGGCGGUCGGGGGAGCCCUGCAGCACUUGGGUGUUUUUUUGGGGUGUGGCUCGUCUUCGUGCCCUUGUUGCCUGGUGCCUGGCUGCCUGGCGCCCGCCCUGCUGUGAUGCCCUGUGAGUGCUGAUCUUGGGCAGCUAUGCAGUUGCUGGGUGAUCCUGGUCGGUUCCGCCUGGUGUCUCAGCGCAGCCAAGCCACCAGGGGCCAACACCAGCCAUACAGCACACCCGCACACGGCGCGGCCACAGCAGCACAUGCCGUGCCGUGUGGGGGGCCGGCGUUUGGGCAUCACCGCCCACUGCCAGACUUGGCAGCGGACCGCACCCCUGCAGGUGGGGGCAACACUGCCAGCCUGUUCUUCAGCCCCGGGCUGCAGCUCCACCUUGCCCUGUCCACGCAUAGCCUGGCGCACGGCGUGCAGGACCUGACGACGCAGCCUCAGGGCCCCAGCCUGCCUACCUACCCAGUCCUUCUGGUGGGUGCCACCACGGGGCUCCCAGAGGGCGAGCAGCUGUCCUCAGCCGGCGUCCGGGAAGUGACCAGUGCUGCCCUGUCAGUGUUGGACACCAUGUGCCGGCAGGGCAACCAGCCGCAGCUCUUGCAGGGCCACUCUCUGCACAGCACAGGCCACCCCUCCCGCACGUUUGCGGGGCUGGCCUUCAGCAGGCGCGCGACCAGCACCAGCAAAGCAGCCUUCACAGCGGAGCUCAUGCGCAAGUCGCCGCUGGCGGUACCGCUCCAGCGCGGUCAGGCUGUCCUCACGGUUCACGUGCCAGUGGACACCCGGCCCAUCAUUCCGGGCACCUACACCGUCACGGUCAAGAUGGUAGGGGGCCCUGUGUGGGGGGCUUUCCGCGGUCGCACCGAUUUGGUGCUGCAGGCGGGCGGCUAUCCCACCACCUCGGACCCCUCUAACCUGGCGUGUGCUUAUGUGGUCUCAGAGCAGUGCGCAAAAUCGGUGGGCCCCAAGGGGGAGCCCCAGGCCCCCGCAGGCCAGGGCAUCACCAACCACAUCUUUGCCUGUGUGCGGGGCCCAGUCUGGGACCCGCAGCUCUCUCACCUGCACUGUGCCAAGUUUGAGAUGCCCGGUGAGGAGCCCAUGCAGGUGGAGGUCCGUGGCGCCCCCCAGGCGGCUGGGGCAGCCACGACAGCUGCGGCAGGCAGCCCUGCUCCGGCUGCAGCCAGGGUCGCCGACCUGGGUGGCAACACCUUGGGUGUGGCGAGGCCCGCGGCUGCCAUGGCGACCGCAGCGGACAUCGUUGACCACGUGGGGGACGUGCAGAUGCAGGAGGCGGCGGGUUUGGGUGACGUGGCGGCUGCAGCUGGUGGCGCCAGCGGGCCACACAGCGGGGCCCCGCCCCCGCUGCCAGUUCUGGUGGCGGGGGGAAGCAACCGUGCUGCUGCGGCUGCCCUGCGGGCCGCGCUGCAGCAGCAGCCCUCUUCACAGCAGUGGGUGUCAGCGGGAGGGCUUAGCGGGGUCCAGCCGGCGGCAGGCGUGGGGGGGCCGCCGGCGGCCAGGCCUCCCCCUGCCGGUGCUGGGCCGGCUGGCGUGCAGCAGCAGCACAGUGGCGUUCCCGCGCCACGGCCGCCCUUGGAUCAGCAGGCAGCCGCUGGGCAGGAUCAGGAGCCGACCGCUGUGAUGCAGCGGUACUUGGCCGAGCUGGCGGACCUCAAUCUCCAGCGGCAACGGCGGUUACAGGAACAGCAACAGCAGCAGCAGCAGCUGCAGCGCCAGGGGCAGUCGCCCAGGCCCCGGACCGGCUCCCAGGUUGUGGUCCUGGCCACGCUGGGGGGGCAGGACGGGGCGGGCGGUGGCCCUGGCGUGGCGGCGUCACGGCGUGGGCAACGUGUUGACAUAGUUGACCACGUGGGGGACGUGCAGAUGCAGGAGGCGGCGGGUGUGGGUGACGCAGGGGCUGCCGCUGGUGGCGCCAGCGGACCACCCACCGUGGCCUCACCCUCGCUGCCAGCUCUGGUGGCGGGGGGAAGCACCCGUUCUGCUGCGGCUACCCUAAGGGCCGAGCGACAGCAGCAGCCCUCUUCACAGCGGCGGGUGGCAGCGGGAGGGCUUAGCGGGGGGCAGCCGUCUGCAGGCGUGGGGGGGCCACCGGCGGUCAGGCGUCGUACUGCCUGUGCUGGGUCGGCUGGCGCGCAGCAGCAGCCCAGUGGGGCUUCCGCGCCACAGCCGCCCUUUGAUCAGCGGGCGGCCGCCAGGCAGGAUCAGGAGCAGACCGCUGUGAUGCAGCGGUACUUGGCCUACAUGGUGGACCUCCAUCUCCAGCAGCAACGGCGGGUACAGCACCAGCAGCAGCAGGAGCAGCAGCGCCAGGUGCAGCCGCCCAGGCCCCGGACCGGCUCCCGGUUCGAGGUCCUGGCCACGCUGGGGGGACAGGACGGGGCGGGCGAUGGCGCUGCCACGGCGGCGCCCGGGCGUGGGCGACGGGUGCAACCAGCCGCGCACGCACCGCCGCCACCGCUGCAGCAACAGCCCCGCUCCAAAGGGCGCUGUGGCCCCGCCCAGCUCCCGCAGCAGAGGGCAGGGCGCUUGGGCGGCGGGCUGCCUCCCCCGCAGGACGGUGCUAGCUCGCCGCCGCGCGUGCCCACUGGGCGGCCGACCGGGGGACAGCAGGCUGGUGGGGGCAGCGGGUUGGGGCGCCAGGGUGGAGGAGUGGGGCGGGCAGUGCCCCAGCCGCUACCCCAGGCGCGGCCGCCACUGCAAACGUCACAACCGGCGGGUGGUGGUAAGGGCAGGGACAGGGGCCUGGGCGCGCCAGCUGGGGGUUCGGCCGACACGGCUGGGCGCGCUGGUGGGGGUGCGGGCAGUGAGGCAGAGUACGGGGCCGUUUGCCUGACCCGGGACACGUGCGUUGCCAUUGGCUCUGACCUCGUGACGCACCAGAACCGCUGCGCAGAUGUGCAGGGGUUUGAGUGGGCGCAGCUGGGCCACGACACGCUUGGUGGCCGCCUCCUCGCCUACCUCCGUGACCAGGGCGCCACCGUACCGGACUGGGCCGUCUGCCGCGUGCCGGCCGGCCGUACCGCCGUCCUGGCACAGCUGCACGACGAGUUCACUGGCUGGUGGCGCCUAUACUCAGCCCAGCCUGCAGACACGCCCCUGCCUUCCGAUGUGACGGAGCAGCUGGAUGACGCCGCGCAGCAGGUGCAGACGGCCUACAUGGACUACGUGCUCCUAGACGCCCGCACCCUGCGGUCCGCUAAGCGUGGGCUGGCGGACCCCGGCGGGGCCAGCGGGCCCAGCCGCCGGCAACGCCAGCACCGCAGCCGCAGUACCUCCAGCCUCAUGAGCCUGGGCAGCGCUCCAUUGCACCCCGGCGGCGCCAGCUCAGGGGGCGUGCCUUCCGUGGCGCCACUGCUUGCUGCCAGCCCGGCAGCGUCGCCCCACUCCUGUGGGACGGCUAUCCUGGCGCGGAGUCGGCUGUCCCUUCCAGGCUGCGUACUGCAGCCGCCGUCAACGGAUGCGGCGGGCCGUGUGGUAUGUUGGGAUUGGGACGUGGGUCACCUGCGCCUGCGCUUCGUGUGUGUGUAUGCGCCCACGGCCGUGGCGGACAAGCCUGCUUUCUUUGCCGGGCUGCAUACCCACCUGGCCUCGGACAGGGUGCUUGUUGUCGGUGGGGACUGGAACUGUGUCACCGAUGCCAGUCAGGAGGCGGCCCCUAGCCCGUCACGUGCUGCAGGUGCCCCGCAACUUGCCAGCCUCCUCGCCCAGUUCAGUCUGGUGGACCCUUGGGCGAGCAAGCGUGGCGGCGCCAAGGGCUACACGCAUCCGGCCACGCCCAAGCCAGCCACUCCCGCACGCCUGGAUCGGUGGUAUGUCAGUUCCACCGCGGCGCCGUGGGUGCUGGAUGUCGCACGCACGUAUGGGGCGCCUGGGGACCACAACGGUGUGCUGCUCACCCUGUCCUUGCCCGACCUGCCACAUGCGCACCGGGAGCAGUGGCGCUUCCCCACAUACCUGCUGUUUCACCCCUCGCUGCGUCUGGAGCUCGAGCAGCGCUUGGAGGCGCACGUUGCCGCAAAUCCUGUGACCAGUACAGGUGACGGCGCUUGCACGCAAUGGGAGGCGGACAAGUUCUUCUUGCGGGAGGCCGCCACCAGCAUCCACCGUCGGCAUGCACGCCAGACCCGGGACGGGCUGCAUGGCGUGGUGCUGGCCGCAGACGCGGCCGCUGCCCUGGCCGACCGGCCGGGUGCCAGCGCCGCGCAGCGUCAGGCUGCGGCCAUGGCCAACUUGGCGGUGCGGGAGGAGCGGGCAGCUGCCGCAGCGGCCAGCCACAAUGCCCGCGCUGCACUGAUGGAGGAGCAUGGGGAGCGGGGCACUCGCUGGUUCCAUCGGCAGGCUGACGAGCCAGCAGCCGGCGCGCAGGAGCCCAUCACGCACUUGAAGGUGCCGGGGCAACCGGCGCCUGUGGCGCUCACGGGGCCGGGCACGCGCAACACUGUCUCCGCAGCCGCUGCAGCCAUGUACAGCAGCACCAGCCCCACCGGCCUGUUCCGCGUGCAGCCGGUCUGUACGGCGUCGCAGCAGCAGCUUCUGGCGGCCAUUGACCGCAAGGUUCCGGCGGAUCUGCAGGCCGCCGCAGAGGGGUCCGGUGACGGCGCCCUCGGUGAUGCAGAGCUGAUGGCAGCGCUGGCUGGCUCCGCCAAUGGUAAAGCGCCUGGGUCGGACGGGGUCCCGUACGAGGUGUACAAGGUUUUCUGGGCGCUGCUGGGUCCGCGCUUGUGUGCUGCUGCUGCCGCUGCCUUUGCUGCCGCUGCAGACGCCCACGAUGGCGGUGAAAUGGCGGCGGCGCUGCCCGCCUCCUGGCGGGAGGGCAUCAUCACCCUCAUCUACAAGGGCAAAAGCCUGGACCGCGCCGAGCUGGCGUCGUACCGGCCCAUCACGCUGCUCAACUGCGACUUCAAGAUGGUGUCCAAGGCCGUCAGCGCCCGCCUGCAGCCCGCCCUGGAUGCAGUUGUGGAUGAGCUGCAGACCGCGUUCAUCACCGGCCGCUGGAUUGGUGACAACGCGCUGUACCUCCAAGGCCUGAUCGAAUGGAUGCGCCUGGACGUGGGCGCGGACGGCACGCCACGGCAGGGUGGUGCGCUGUACUUCUUGGACAUUGAAAAGGCGUAUGACCGGGUGCACCGGCAGUGGCUGUAUGCGUCCGCGGAGGGACUUGGGUUUGGGCCGCGCAUGCUGCGCUGGAUCCGCCUGCUCACUGCCAACAGCUCUGCCCGCGUGUGUGUGAACGGGAUGCUCUCUGACGCCUUCCCAGUGCUGAACGGCUUGCCGCAGGGCAGCACCGCCUCACCACCCCUGUGGGUCAUCCAGAUGCAGCCACUGACGUCCUUUCUGCGGCGGCAGGUGGAGCAAGGGGCACUGCGCACGCCCCUGUUACCCAGCGGCGAGCAGGCGCCACCGGCUGCCCACCACGCUGACGACACGACCCUCACGGCGCGCGACCCGGCGGUGGACGGGCCGGUCCUGAUGGCGGCAGUACAGCUGUUCUGCCGCGCGUCCAACGCCCGUGUCCAUCCGGACAAGAGCAAGGCCAUGGGCCUUGGCAGGUUUGCGCACCUGACGGGCCCUUGCCCACACACGGGGGUGCCGUUUACCACUGGCGCCGUGACGCACCUGGGUGUGCCCCUGUCGUGGGACUCGGAUGCGGCUGCAGCUGACUUGUUCACCCGGCGGGCUCGCGGCAUGGCGUUUGUGGCGCGUCUGUGGGCUGCCCUGUCUCUGACUCUUGUUGGCCGUGUGCACAUUGCGAAGCAGGUGCUGGCGGCGAAGCUGGCCUACCACUUCAGCUUCCUCAACCCAUCGCCUGCGCAGCUGAAGGAACUCACCGACCUGGUGGACCACUUUGCUGCGCGGUCCAUGCACGCUGAGGACGCCAGCCUGGUGUCGCACGGGAACCCGCUCCUGCUGCCAAAGCGGGAAACGGCCUGUCUGCCGUACAAGGAUGGGGGUGUCAACCACGUCGACCUGCCUGCGUUCCUGUCUGCCCUGCAAGCUAAGACCUUCGCCCUCCUUGCCCAGCCAGGCCGGCAACCCUGGAAGAUGCUCACCCGGGCGCUGCUUACUCAUGUGCGCCCGGACUCCGCCACCACGUGGGCGUGGGUGUACAGCGACGCGCCGGCGCCAGCGGGGCUGCCUGCCCGGCUGGCGGCCGCGGUCGGCCACAUGCAGAGCGCGGGCGUGGAACAGCAUCCACCGCAGCCAGCCACUCAGCCGCCAGCGGCGCCGCCACAGUGGCGGGUUAGCCUGGACCAGCUGUGGGUGGCUAACGCUGCGGGGGCUGUGUCCUACGUCCACUACACGGGGCGGCUCUUGGAGCCUGGGCCUGGCGUGCUGCCCCCGGCGGUGGAUGGGGCGUGGCAGCCUGCCUGUGUGCUGCAGCAUCGCAAGCCGCGGCACCUGUGGACCUUUGAAGAGCGGGCGGCGUACGAUGCAGCAUCACCAGGGGACCGGGCGGGGGCGUGGCCUCGGGCGCCGUACUUCCUGGCGCCGGAGGCUGGGGUGGUGGUGCACCCGGAGCACUGCCGGAUUGCGGGUGUCAGCUUAGCGGACUACACGGUGCGGGACGUGCGGCGGGCCAUCACCGCGGCCAACCCGGCCGCACCUCCGGCUCCGGCCCGCCCCGCAGCCAUGCCGUGCCCAGCGCCAGCACAGCAGGCGGGGGGCUCGGGGCCCCAGCCAGCGGCACAGUCGCGGCUGGCGAAGCGGGAGGCGGAGUGGCAGCGUGCAGCGGCGCAGCUGACCACCACGGCGGCGCAGCAUUUCCACAAUAACCCGGUGGCUCUGGACCCCUGGCUCCACCGCACCUCCGCGGCAGCCGGGCUGCAGAACACGCCGGCGAGAGAACUGCAGUCGUAUGCGUCCCCGUCCCAGCAGUCGGGUGAGGGGCCGCGGCGGUCCGCGCGGCUGCAGGAGCAGGCGGCGGGCGGGGCGGGACCUAGCACUGGGCCUGCCACGGCGGCGGCGGCAGCAGCGGCGGCGGUGGAGGGCGACCCUCGCAUGCCGCCCCCGGAUGCGUCCCUUCUGCGGGGUACGUGGCGGAGGCUGUGGGACAGCCACGCCAGUCGGGGGGCAAAGGUGCUGGUGUACCGGCUGCAACAUGCUUACCUGCCUUGCGGGCUGUACAGGGCGGGCAAGGGCAUUCGGCCACGGGUGACCACGGGGUGCGGGGGGUUGGGGGCGCACUGUCCUCACCCCGCCUGCGGGCCACCUGGCCCGCGGGCGUGGGCCAGCCUGACGCACAUCUUCCUGGAGUGUCCGGCUUAUGCGCAGGCGAGGACGUGGCUGCAGCAGCUGUGGGCCUGCGUUGCGCCCCAGGCAGCGGCGCCGCCAGUGACGGACGCGGGCUUCAUGCUGGGGGACCGCAUGGGUAUGUGGGCCUCAGGCCCGCGGGGGGCGGGAGCGCUGCUGUGGAGCACUUUGCGGGCCACCUUCUUGUACGCCGUCUGGUGUGCGUACUGGUCCCGCGAGCCUGCUAAGCAGACGUCGGAGCAUGUGGUUCGGGAGGUGGUCAGCGAGCUGCGCAGGGUGAUGCGGCUGCGUUUCACUGCCGCCACGCUAACCCCUGAAACCCUGUCGGCUCUGCCCACUCAGCUGCUCACCGCACAGCUCAAGGCGGCUAAGCUGGAGCAUUUUGUUGCCAUCUGGACGGCGGGUGGCGCGCUUUGUGAAGUGGAGGAGGUUCAGGGUGGGUCACCGAAGUUGAACUUGCGGCUGACACUUGCAUCACCUGUGCAGGCCCCCUAGGCGGCGGUUCUUUCCAGGCGCUGGCGUGGCGUAUUAUCGUCAUCAGCUUAUCUGGCGCCCAUGUUUUUUAGCUCUGGCUGGCGUCGCAGCACCUGGGCGGCUGUGGGACUUCCUGCACAGCGCGUCUUGCAGCGGACUGGAGCCCGCUUAGUCAGCGCCACAUCUGGCCCGUUUAGUUUCUGCUUGUGUCUCCUCUGCCGGUUCUCCUGGGGUGUUGCUUAAGCAACCGACUUGUGGGGGUGGGGUGGGUUUGGGCCGGGCGAGUGCGUAGCGCUGGUGUUUCUUUUCCUGGCGCGCGGUGGUGGUGGUUCUUGCGGUUAGGCUGUGGUGUAGGUUGGUGCUUGGGUUAGGUCUGGCGGUGUUUUUGU